AUGAUAGCCAGAGAUAUACAUCAAAUGUUACAAGUGGACAUUCAAUUGGAUGCUGAUAAAGAUAACAUUACGUAUAAGAAUUGUGAUACAAUAAAGGGAGUAGUUGGUUUAAACAUACUACAAAGAAUUUCUUUACAGCAUUUAAAAGUAAAGUUAGUAACAAGAACCAAAAUAUCAUAUCUUUGUGAAUACAAUACUGUUAAAAGUAAACACGUUGCUGUUGAAGAAAAGCUGAUAGUUACUGCUCAAUUACUUCCUAACUUUAAUUCCAAGGUGGGACAUAUUCAAGAUCAUGAAAUUGACCUUGAAGAAGGGGUAUAUUACUAUCCAUUUUCGUUUCGGAUCCCAAUGGUAAAAAGAUGUAAGCACUGUAAUGCGGUUAACGAAUUGAUUCCACUGUUUGAAAUGCCAGAAGUAACAUCAGUGAAUUACUAUAUUCGAGUAUCAAUCGAUGGACUGAUUUUAAAUCGGUUCAGAGCUUAUAAAAGAAUAGAAUUUAUGCCAGUGGAUACAAAAGAGAACGGUAAUUUCAGACAAUUGAGUGCUCUUAUAUGUACAGGGCAGUACUAUUCUAAUGGGGCCCCCUUAAGUAACUUGGAAUCAAGUCCAAACAUAUUUGACUUUCUGGAAGACUCGGAUUGUUUGAGCUUACUAAAUGGGGAUGUUGAUCUGAUAUGGUGUUCAUCCAAUUACACAAGCUCAAUGGAUACUGGGUCUAUGGAUGAUUAUUUUUCUAAUCUUUCAGAUUGUCCAUUGGUUGAUGCAAUCACAUGUGUAAAGGCAGUUUUGGAUGAGAAAUCACUCAUUCCCUCACGAAUUCUCCCACUUGAUCUUUCCUUGGGUCAUACAGAUGAACCACGCUGUUGUAAGGUCUAUUUACAGGGUCUACUAGUUGAACUUGUUGUUUAUACUAAAUUUUUAAUUUCCAAUGAGAAUCUGUCGUGCUGGUCUACGAUCACUCACUCCGUUCCCUUAUAUUAUCGUGCUCCAGAUAACUUAGAAUGUCCCUUGACACAAGACGAGCCCUCUUGUCCAUUUGAAUUAGAUAAUUCGCUAGUUAAAUCUCCCCAAGACUACAACAUUUCCAGAGAACUCUAUGGUAAUAUUGUCAUCCCUCCAGAGGUAGUUCCAACUUUCCAUUCGUGCAAGUUGAGCCGAUCGUAUUCUUUGAACAUAACGGUUGGAUUUACAGGGGAAGUUUGUGAGAAUAGAGAACAAUUGGAAGCAUGUGUACAAAACCUUAAGUUUACUUUUGAUGAUGUGCAUAUUCUGAGUGGGUAUUUCCAAUGA